AUGAUGCAUGAUGCGCACUGUGCGUCUGGCUGAAGACAGAGCGCGCACACUGAUAUCCAUACAUACACAGACGGACGCAUGCUGUAGGAUCCUCCCCUGUGUGAAGUGGAAAUGGAGUUAAAAUAGACGCACCACUUAACCUCAUGGACUAAUAGCAGUGACAGCCGAUUAGGAUUUCUGAACGUCAAGUCCGGAAACACGCUGAAGAGAAAAUGUGGAGAUACGCGAACUUGUUCGCCUGUCUGCUGGUUUUAUGUAAGGAUUCCUCCGCACAGAGCAAGAUCUUUGGGGAGACUGAGCCUGUUCGGAUGACGUCAGAAGGCUCUGACUGCCGCUGUAAGUGCAUCAUGCGGCCUCUCAGCAAAGACGCCUGCCUGCGGCUUCGGAGCGGCAGCGUGCGUGUGGAGGACUUCUACACAGUGGAGACGGUCAGCUCUGGAUCAGACUGUAAGUGCUCAUGCACAGCUCCACCAUCAUCUCUCAACCCCUGUGAGAAUGAGUGGAAGAUGGAGAAGCUGAAGAAACAGGCCCCUGAGUUACUAAAACUCCAAUCCAUGGUGGACCUCCUUGAGGGAACUCUUUACAGCAUGGAUCUAUUGAAAGUCCACUCCUACAUUAACAAAGUGAUGUCGCAGAUGAACACCCUGGAGGAGACAAUUAAGACAAACCUUACACGAGAGAACGAAUUUGUUCGGGACAGCAUGAUGAGCCUCACCAACCAGUUUAAGAGAUAUGAGAACUACUCCAACAUUAUGAUGAGCAUCAAGAAGGAGAUCUCCAGUCUCAGCCUGCAGCUGCUACAGAAAGACUCCUCUGAGAGUAAAGCGCAGGACACUAACGAUGAGAAAGCCAAGGAGGCCGUAAAGAUACCCAACAAAAAGACCUCUGCUGCCAAACCCCCUCCCAAACCACCCAAAGAAAAGAUCGUCAAGCCCAAGAAAGACGUCAUUAAACCUGGAAAACCAGUCAAGCCUGACCCUACGGCCAAAGCCAAGGCGGUUGGCCACCAGCCUGGUGUGGUGAGGGGCAUCACAUACUACAAGGCAACCAAAAACGAUGAGGAUGAGCACAGAGGAGACAAUUCUGCCAAAAUGUACACAGUCCACCACAUCACAGAAAACCAGUCUGAAGAUGGUGGGGCGGAAAUGCUCUUGGAAACUGUGGAGGCCACUGUAGCUGAGUCCAUCGAAACCACUGCAGCUCCCACUACUACAACUACAACAACCGCCACCACUACAACCACAAGCACCACAACUUCUACCACUCCUGUUCCCACUACUAUAACAACUCAAAGUACACCAGCGUCUGAAAGACCAGCUCCAACGGUUGUACUUGUGCUGGACAACUCCAACAACAACAGUCGACCUUCUCUCCACAGAGCAGGGAAGAUCCUCAACUGUGAGGGGACUCUGGCAUCCAUCGAGCAGCCAGAGAAGCAGCACAGUUAUGGACGCAAUGAAGGAGCCUGGAUGAAGGAUCCUCUGGCGAAAGACUCCAAGAUCUACAUCACUAAUUAUUACUAUGGCAACAACCUGGUGGAAUUCCGCAACCUGGACAACUUCAAGCAAGGGCGAUGGAGCAACCUUUUCAAACUGCCUUACAACUGGAUAGGCACAGGCCAUGUGGUGUACAACGGAGCUUUCUACUACAACAGGGCCUUCACCAAGAACAUCAUAAAGUAUGAUCUGAGGAUGCGCUACGUGGCAGCCUGGACACUGUUGCAUGAUGUUGUUUACGAGGACACCACCCCUUGGAAGUGGAGGGGGCACUCGGACAUCGACUUUGCAGUGGACGAAAGUGGCUUGUGGGUGAUUUACCCUUCCAUGGACUACGACUACAACCAGCAAGAGUUGAUCGUCAUCAGUAGACUGGAUCCUGGAGAUCUGUCCUUGAAAAAAGAAACAACCUACAGGACAGGUCUCAAGAGGAACUCUUACGGAAACUGCUUCAUCAUCUGUGGUGUCUUGUAUGCUGUCAACGUGUACAACCAGAAGGAAGGUGAAGUGAGCUAUGCUUACGACACCCAUACCAACACUGAAGCCAUCCCACGCCUGCCCUUCACCAAUGAGUACUCAUUCACCACCCAGAUUGACUACAACCCUAAGGAAAAGCUGUUGUAUGCUUGGGACAAUGGCCACCAGCUCACAUAUCGAGUAAACUUUGUUGAUGAGUGAGCACAUUUAGUUUGCGCCACAGAAAAGCUUACAGUUGGCCUGUAAGCAUGGCACCUACGUAGAAAGAAGAUUCUCAGUAUUUGACAGCCAAGAAGCAGCUACAUUGGACUCAACAGGACAAAGGAUGAACCUACACCAGCCUUCCACUAUCAAUGCUUGCUAUUCAAACACCUGACCUCACGGUGUACUAAACAUACAUGCCUCAAACAUGUAAUGGGGUCAUGACUGUACAAUAUGUCAAUAGAGUGGACAGGGAACAGUGGAAAUAGUCUCACAGGUUGAGUUAACAUUUAUCUAAACACAAUAGCAAUAUUUUUAUGUUCAUUAAUGAAAAGUCAGCAGGCUGGCCAACUAGCAGAGAGAGAGACAUUUAAAAAUAAACAACUUUUUUUUACAUCGAUUUAUUGUUUCUGAAGGGGCACAUUAAAGUUUGCAUUUUGGUCUUAUCACUAAAUGUUAUUUUUUUGAGUUUGUUAGUGAGAUACUCACAUCAGUCAAGCAGACAAUUUCCCAAAGACUCUCUAUUAAAGAUAUAUUGAAAGAAUAGAUGGAGGCAGAUAAUUUCUCCUCUUUGACUGACUGUACUGACCCUGUAAUCCAUUCUUAAUGCACUGUCAAAGAUGAUAGAAAAUUCCAGGUAUCUAACUCUUUUAACUAUUAUCUUUGGCUGAACCUUUUGCACACACAACAAGGACACUGCCUUUUAGUGCUAGACAGUCCUGAAUGGAGAAAGCUGUUGUAACUUUUACCAUUCACCGUUAUUUAACUUUCCUCUGUCACAGUAUAACUGCUUCAAAUCAUAGGCAUAGCUCUUAUGUGGUUAUGAGACAAGAGUCAACAGUACAAAUGCAUCUCUUAAAUACAGUCUGUGAACUUAUUACAGAUGAGUUAUUUUGACCAUGAUCGUGACUCUCUUGCUACAACAUGUUUAUGACUGGCUAACAGCUAGCUUUCCAGUUACAGUAGUUCAGCAGUCAGCCCAGCAGGCAGUCUUGCUAGGUAGCUUUCCAGUCGAGGAACUCAGUACAGGGCCAAGGUAGUGCGAACGUUUAAAGGAAAGGACACGUAAUCACGCGUUUUAACCUUUAUGUUAACAUUUCAGUUAAAUAUUUAACAGUUUGCAGUGUUAACUGAGAGUGCACCAAACCAACAGCAAACAUGGUGUAAUUAGUCGGCAUACUCACGUUGUAUGUGGAUGUAGCAAAUAGAGCAAUGGAGGGUCGUCAUGUACACUGUAUGGUGAAUUUCAUGCUGUUAAUGGUGAAGUUUGAGAGAAGAAGGCUGCAACUCAUCUCAACACUGAGAGACCACAAAAACUGUUGUCCUCUCUGAGUUUGACCAAAUGAUGCUAGUGCAAGUGCCACUUUCUGAUCUGCCUGAAUGUAAGGCUACAUUCUUGUCAGUCAGAGGAAUGCAGUCCGGUUUUCAUAAGCCAUUUGGUGUUGCUUUAAAGUUCAACUGAUCUAAGUGAAUGACUUAUCAUGGUAAUCAAGUAUGCCUAGAUUUAACAAUCAUCAUCAGACCAAGAAUCUUACAUGUCACCAUUUCUGUCCAAAGUGCUAUUUGGCCUUUUCUCUUAGCAUUUAACUCAACCAAUGAGGUUAUUUCUGCCUCUAGAACAUAGGCUCCUACAUCUAAGGAUUGUUGCAAAGCUUAACUAUUAACUGUUGUUUUACUUGCCCAUCUACUCCAUCCUGUCACCAAGCACUUUGAUCACAAAUCUGCUUUGAUUAUUAUUCCGGCCUCUUGAUGCUUCUUGUAUCUUUACCAUUGAUGUUGUUUUACGGAAUGUGUUGAAUAUAAUAUGAACUCCAAAAAACAAUGUACACAAGUUUCUAAGCUUGAGAUUUUUUAUAUUUAGAUUAAUGAAUUGACAGUAUAUCUUUUUCAUGCAUCUAUUUCAAUUUCUGUAUAAAAGCAUGCAGCUUUUGUCAUUUUAAUAACAUUUACAUAACCACUACGUUUAUUGUAAAUUUUGUAUGUGAACAUUUUCACCUCAACAAAUGUGACCAGUCAAGCAAAUACCAAAGGUGUACCCCACCAUUAACAUUACCAUCUUUCAUUAAAAAGUCUGAAAGGUGUUUAGCUUUGAAUAAACGAGCAAAAAAAUGGCAGUUCUCAGUGAGGCACAUAAUGGGAAUUGUAAGCUUUAAGACUUUACAGAACUGCAUAGUGUUGUUUCGGUCUUGUUUGCCAUUCAUGAUUUAUAUCCACAAUAUUUUGCUCAUUCUUGAAUCAGGAGAAUUUUUUAAGUUUAUUAAUGAGGGUAAUGCCAGUUGUCAUAAAGUAAUUUUCUUCAAGUCUUUACACAGAAACAAUGUAAUUUAACACAGCACUUGAAACCAGCUGUGCAUGUGCCUGUGCUAUGCAAUAAAAUUUCCAUUUUAAAAGUC